GUCCCCCGCGCACCAUGCUGGACCCGUCCUCCAGCGAAGAGGAGUCGGACGAGGGGCUGGAAGAGGAGAGCCGUGAUGUGCUGGGGGCGCCCGGGCCGCAGCGAGCGCCAGCGGCCCCGGCUCGGGAAGGGCGGCGGGACGCGGCGGGGCGCGCGGGCGGCGGCGCGGCCAGACCCCGGAGCCCGAGCCCCUCGAUGCGGAGCGAGGCGCGCGAAGAGCCGGAGCGGCAGCUGGACGAGGAACAGGAGCGGCGCAUCCGCCUGCAGCUCUACGUCCUGGUGGUGCGGUGCAUCGCGUACCCCUUCAACGCCAAGCAGCCCACCGACAUGGCCCGGAGGCAGCAGAAGCUUAAUAAGCAACAAUUGCAGCUGCUGAAGGAGCGAUUCCAAGCCUUCCUCAGUGGGGAAACUCAGAUCGUAGCGGACGAAGCCUUUUGCAAUGCUGUUCGAAGUUACUAUGAGGUUUUCCUUAAGAGCGACCGCGUGGCCCGGAUGGUCCAGAGCGGAGGGUGUUCAGCUAACGACUUCCGAGAGGUGUUCAAGAAAAACAUAGAGAAACGUGUGCGGAGUUUGCCAGAAAUUGAUGGCUUGAGCAAAGAAACGGUACUGAGCUCGUGGAUUGCCAAAUACGACGCCAUUUACCGGGGUGAAGAGGAUUUGUGCAAGCAGUCCGCCAGAAUGGCCCUGAGUGCCGUGUCUGAACUGAUCCUGAGUAAGGAGCAGCUCUAUGAAAUGUUCCAGCAGAUCCUGGGAAUUAAGAAACUGGAGCACCAGCUCCUUUACAAUGCGUGCCAGCUGGACAAUGCCGAUGAACAAGCAGCCCAGAUCAGAAGGGAGCUGGACGGUCGGCUGCAGCUGGCGGAGAAAAUGGCAAAGGAAAGAAAAUUCCCCAAGUUUAUAGCAAAAGACAUGGAGAAUAUGUUUAUAGAAGAGUUACGAUCGUCAGUGAAUUUGCUCAUGGCCAAUUUGGAAAGUCUUCCGGUUUCGAAAGGUGGGCCUGAGUUUAAACUGCAAAAACUGAAACGCUCACAGAACUCCGCAUUUCUGGACAUGGGUGAUGAGACGGAGCUUCAGCUGUCCAAGUCCGACGUAGUGCUGUCCUUCACCUUGGAGAUUGUCAUCAUGGAAGUGCAAGGCUUGAAGUCUGUGGCUCCCAAUCGGAUUGUUUACUGUACAAUGGAAGUGGAAGGAGGAGAAAAGCUGCAGACAGACCAGGCUGAAGCUUCCAGGCCACAAUGGGGAACCCAAGGAGAUUUCACCACUACCCAUCCUCGACCUGUGGUCAAAGUAAAACUCUUCACAGAAAGCACUGGUGUCCUGGCCCUUGAAGAUAAAGAACUGGGAAGGGUGAUAUUAUAUCCAACUUCCAAUAGCUCCAAGUCAGCCGAGUUGCACCGAAUGAUCGUUCCAAAAAAUAGCCAGGACUCUGACUUAAAAAUCAAGCUAGCUGUGCGGAUGGAUAAACCAGCACACAUGAAACAUAGCGGAUAUCUCUACGCCCUUGGACAGAAGGUUUGGAAAAGGUGGAAAAAGCGUUACUUUGUUCUUGUUCAGGUUAGCCAGUACACAUUUGCUAUGUGCAGUUACAGAGAAAAAAAGUCCGAACCCCAGGAACUGAUGCAGCUGGAAGGAUACACUGUGAACUACACCGACCCUCAGCCAGGACUUCAAGGUGGCAGGAUGUUCUUUAAUGCUGUGAAGGAAGGAGACACUGUGCUCUUUGCAAGUGACGAUGAGCAGGAUAGAAUAUUAUGGGUUCAAGCCAUGUAUCGGGCCACGGGUCAGUCGUACAAGCCAAUUCCUGCCAUUCAGACCCAGAAGCAGAACUCCAAAGGAGGAACGACCCAGACAGAUGUUCAGCUUUCUGGUAAAAACGCAGAUCGUUUCCAGAAACAUGGGAUGGAUGAGUUUAUUUCUGCUAAUCCCGGCAAGCUGGACCACGCCUUUCUUUUUCGAAUACUCCAGAGACAGACUUUGGAUCACAGACUAAAUGAUUCCUAUUCUUGUUUGGGUUGGUUUAGCCCUGGCCAAGUCUUUGUGUUAGAUGAGUACUGUGCACGUUACGGCGUGAGGGGCUGUCACAGACAUCUCUGCUACCUUACAGAACUGAUGGAACAUUCAGAAAACGGUGCUGUCAUCGACCCGACCCUGCUCCAUUACAGCUUUGCAUUCUGUGCCUCUCACGUGCAUGGCAACAGGCCUGAUGGAAUUGGAACAGUGUCAAUGGAAGAAAAAGAGAGGUUCGAGGAAAUAAAAGAGAGACUCUCUUCUCUUUUAGAAAAUCAACUGAGCCAUUUCAGAUACUGUUUUCCCUUCGGACGACCUGAAGGUGCUCUAAAAGCUACACUUUCGUUACUUGAAAGGGUUUUGAUGAAAGACAUUGCCACACCUGUGCCAGCAGAAGAGGUGAAGCAAGUGGUCCGAAAAUGCCUGGAGAAGGCCGCCCUAAUCAAUUACACCAGGCUCACAGAAUAUGCCCAGAUAGAAGAGACCAUGAACCAAGCCAGUCCUGCUAGGAAGCUGGAAGAAGUCCUCCACCUGGCCGAGCUGUGUAUAGAAGUGUUGCAGCAGAAUGAAGAGCAUCAUUCCGAGGGAAGAGAGGCAUUUGCCUGGUGGCCCGAUUUACUGGCUGAGCACGCGGAGAAAUUUUGGUCUCUGUUCACCGUGGAUAUGAACACCGCACUGGAGGCUCAACCACAAGACUCCUGGGAUAGUUUUCCUCUUUUCCAACUGCUUAAUAAUUUCCUCAGAAAUGACACACUUUUGUGUAAUGGAAAAUUCCACAAACACUUGCAAGAGAUCUUUGUGCCCUUGGUUGUCCGCUACGUCGAUCUCAUGGAGUCUUCCAUCGCCCAGUCCAUUCACAGAGGUUUUGAACAAGAGACGUGGCAGCCGGUCAAGAAUAUCGCCAACAGUCUUCCCAAUGUAGCUCUUCCAAAAGUUCCAAGUCUGCCUCUUAAUCUUCCACAGAUUCCUAACUUUUCUACUCCUACAUGGAUGGCUUCUUUAUAUGAGUCCACCAAUGGCUCAGCAACAUCAGAAGACCUUUUUUGGAAGCUUGAUGCCCUGCAAAUGUUUGUCUUUGAUCUGCACUGGCCAGAGCAAGAGUUUGCCCACCAUUUAGAGCAAAGACUGAAGCUAAUGGCCAGUGAUAUGAUAGAGGCCUGUGUCAAAAGAACAAGAACAGCAUUUGAACUCAAGCUGCAAAAGGCGUGCAAAACCACUGACUUGCGCAUUCCUGCCUCAGUGUGCACCAUGUUUAACGUGUUAGUUGAUGCCAAAAAGCAAAGCACCAAGCUCUGUGCUCUGGAUGGAGGGCAGGAGCAACAGUACCAUUCAAAAAUAGACGACUUGAUUGACAACACAGUGAAAGAAAUCAUUUCCCUGCUCGUUUCAAAGUUUGUUUCAGUGCUGGAAGGGGUCCUCUCUAAGCUGUCAAGAUACGACGAAGGCACUUUCUUCUCCUCCAUACUGUCAUUCACUGUAAAAGCAGCUGCAAAAUAUGUUGAUGUCCCAAAACCUGGGAUGGAUCUGGCAGACACCUAUAUUAUGUUUGUUCGACAAAACCAAGAUAUUCUUCGAGAUAAAGUCAACGAGGAAAUGUAUAUAGAAAAGUUGUUUGAUCAAUGGUACAACAGUUCCAUGAAAGUCAUUUGCGUGUGGUUGGCGGAUAGAUUAGACCUCCAGCUUCAUAUUUACCAACUGAAGACUCUCAUCAAGAUUGUGAAGAAAACAUAUCGGGACUUCCGAUUGCAGGGUGUGCUGGAAGGAACACUGAACAGUAAGACGUAUGACACUCUCCACAGACGACUGACUGUGGAAGAGGCCACCGCCUCUGUCUCCGAAGGAGGAGGACUUCAGGGCAUUACAAUGAAAGACAGUGAUGAAGAAGAAGAAGAAGGAUGAUCAUGCCCAGUGGGUGGCAGGUCCUUGCCAUUGUUGAUUUUGUACCCUGUCUUUGUAAUUCUAUUCAUUGUUUUGACCAUAUGUAAAUGCUUGUAUUUCAUUCCACUUUAAAAAAAAAAUUAAAACUAGAAGCAAAGUGGGAAAUGCC